UAGACACAGGCAUACAUCAAAUGAGCUCCACAAUGGCUCAACAGCGAGUGAUUGCCCUGGUUGACAUGGACUGUUUCUAUGUGCAAGUUGAGCAGCGAAGAAACCCCUCUCUUAAAGGGAAACCGUGUGCUGUAGUGCAGUACAAAACAUGGAAAGGCGGAGGGAUAAUAGCUGUGGGGUAUGAGGCCAGAGCAUGUGGUGUGACAAGACAGAUGAGGGGAGAUGAGGCCAAGGAGAAGUGCCCAGCUAUAGAGCUGGUCAGAGUACCUGAGGUCAGAGGGAAAGCUGAUCUCACCAGAUAUCGUGAUGCAGGUGCUGAGGUUAUUGCAGUUUUGUGUAGAUUCAGUGAUUGUGUGGAGCGUGCAAGUGUGGAUGAGGCAUAUAUUGACCUAACUGAGGAAGUACAAAAGCGUCUUAAUACAGCAGGUAAUGAUUCUGUGACUCUAGACAAGUUGCCCUGCACACAUGUCACUGGAUUUGAGGAUGCUGAAACCACUGAUAAAGAAACAAAGCGACAAAAUGGUUUGAAUGCCUGGACUGAGUCAAUAUACCAUUCCACAGAUGAUGUUGAAGAUCAUUCAAGAGAUCAAAUGCUGACAAUUGGUGCUGUAAUUGCUGAAGAGAUGAGGGCAGCUGUUUUCAGAGACACUGGCUUCCACUGUUCAGCAGGCAUAGCUCAUAAUAAGAUGCUUGCAAAGUUGGCGUGUGGUCUUAAUAAGCCCAGGAAACAGACCAUUCUUCCCCACUCAUCAGUGAACCAGCUCUUCCAGACACUGUCUAUUACAAAGUUACGUAGUCUUGGUGGUAAGCUAGGGGAGCAAUUGCAGGAGCAGCUUGGAGUAGAAAAAGUGGCUGAUCUUUGCAAAUAUAGUGAACAACAACUGCAGCAGAUAUUUGGAGACAAGACAGGUACUAUCCUGUAUGGCAUGUGUAGAGGUGAAGAGCAUGAACCAGUUACAGCCAGGCUACUGCCAAAGUCUGUAGGCUGUGGGAAGAACUUUAGAGGUAGAGAGAUGUUGGAUACAAGAACUAAGGUAAAACACUGGAUUCAUUCUUUAGCAGAAGAAGUGACUGAACGCUUAGAAAAGGAUAAACUGAUGAACAAACGAGUGGCGAAGAAUAUGACUAUCGGUGUAGGGCAGCUAACUAAACCUAGCACAACACAUUCCAGCAGAUCUUGUACUAUUGUGCGUUAUGAUGCACAGAAAAUUGGUGAUGACGCAUUUGCUGUUUUACAGAAAUUUAACACUGCAGGGGGUCACCAGGAAGCUUGGGUACCAGCAAUCGUGAACCUUUCCAUAUCUGCUGGAAAAUUCCAAGAUGAAGGGACAAGCCAGAAAAUUAAGAACUUCUUUAGCCAAUCAGCUUCAUCCCCUGUAUUUACCUCGACUCAAUCACCUGAUGCCAGCCAAUCAGCAUCUUCAUUUGCAUUCACAUCUACGCCAGCAACGCAGACACCUGUACGACCUAAACAAAAUGUAAAAGCUAAACCAACGGGAAUUGCCAAGUUUUUUUCAUCCAAAGUGAAUACUUCAAUAUUCCAAGAAAAUCCAAACGAUUCUAGUGUUCAAUCAAAAGUACUAGAAAGCAAUGAAAGAAACGUUCCUUUCAGUGAAUGCGAAUCAACACAAGCAUUGACAAAUUCCGAUUUGACUGUUAAUGUAGACAGUGCUAAAUCAACGACAAUGUUACAAUCAGAUACAUUUACUCAUCUUAAUGCCGUCAACACAAAGGAUGACGAGAUCAUCAAAGACGUACCGACGACUUCAACCAAAUCAUUUUUCAAAACAUACAUGCAAAGGAACAAUAUUAACAUGGGAAAUGAAAAUGAAAAAGUGGACAGUUUUAAAAACAGUAGAUCUGGUGUUGUUAGUGACAUUACUGGAGAAGACAGUGAUACUGUAAUUAACAAGACUGUAUUUAGUGAAGAUACCAAUGAGAGCACUGCUGGCAGUGUUCAACAUGUUAUUAUUGAUGAUAAUGUUGAAUCAGAUAGCUGUAACAACAGUUUAGUGGAUAAUGAACCCUACUUAUUAAUUGCAGAUAAUAGGGUGAAUGGCUUAACACGUGAAGAAAAUAGACCACCCACUGUGAAUAAUUCAAAUGCUAUAAUUGAUGAUCAAUCAGUUAGUAUUGCACCAAUUAUUGAUACUAAUUGUAGUGAUUCAGCGAAUGAAGCAAGCGAUUAUUCGCGAUGUGAGAAAUGUAAUGAGAUGGUUUCUGCCUGGGACUUGCCUGAACAUUUGGACUUCCAUUAUGCCCUUGAAUUACAAAAUCAGCCCCACAGUGGUGCUACUGUUCAAACAGCGCCAUCUGUGAAGAGAAAGAGUACUAGUCAGUCUAAAAGAGGCAGAAAGAAAUCAAAGUUGAAUAAUGAUAGUUCAAAUAUGCAAACAUUGGAUACAUUUUUUUCUAAGAAUUAAACUAAAGUUUGAAAGAUUUCAUACAUAAACGCUGGACUGCAGUAAUUAGCUCAUUUUUAUUUUUAUUAUGUGAUUCUAAAUCUUGCUUUCGUCAAAAUUCCCAAAAUAAGAAUUCCCAAAAUGCAGAGUUCCCACUGUUUAAACUCAAGAUAUUUAAUAUUCACAGUAAUUCGAGAUUAUCCAAUCCAGUAUUGGCAGUAAGAGAUCUCUUCUUAAGAGCCUGAUAAUUAGCUGAAAAUAGUUGUAUUUCCCUUUAGUAUCAUAUAGCAUUUCAGUUAUUUCUUGAUAUAGUGACAAAAUUAAUAGCUGCAAAAUAGCACCAAAAUUUAAAAAGCAUGAAAAGUUACUAAGAGCAAUGCUAAAGUACUUUUUGUUUUAUGGCACUUGUAAAAAAUAUACAUUUCUUCAUUUCAUAGUUUAAAAAUUGUACCAUAAUUACAAUCUAAAUCUACCUGUUACAUGUAAAACUGACUAUGAAUGUAUGUUUCCAUAAUUGUCAGCUUGUCUGAGAAGAUUUUAUCCUAUCCCAACAAUUGUAGAAAUAUUUAUUAAAUGUUUAAAUGUUUUUUAUCAAUUAUUUAUUAGAUACUGUAUAAUUUGUAUGGAUACAGAAUAUCAGUGUGACUAUUAUGUACAAUGACAAAUCAUGUUUUCAUUUUGCGUGAUACAUUAAUGUCUAUCAAAUAUUUUGCGUUAUUAUAUCACUGUCAUGAUAUGAAUGAGUGAAUAAUAAAACAAAUAUUUAAUCCUAUUUUUGGUGAAUACCUGU